GUUUUAGUUGUCCCUACUAAAACGUCACUUGAAUAUAUACUGUAUUAUAAAUUCUUUCCUUUUCAUCCAUGGCUUCCUGCUUCCUUACAACUAUCAUUUGCUUGCUCAAACAGCAGAGAUAAAGAUAACUUAUCAAAUUGAGGGUAAAGGUAAGUAAUUACUUCUAUACUGUUGAAGUGUUGAUGUAUCGUCUUGAAAUAUUCUAAAAUCUUGUAAUGUAUUCAAUUAUCCAGAAUCUUAGUUAAUUGUUGGAAGCACAUGAAAAAUUCUAACAACCUCCGACAAGUUUUUGCUUGUACCGUAGCUGUAACUACUGCUCUGCGUAUCACAGUCUCAAUGAAUAAUCUUACUUCUUGUUAUUUAUAGAAUUCCAUUUUUGGAUUUCUUAUUUAUGAUCAUCAUUCCUCUUUUUCUGGGUUUUCCCUUUUUAGCCUAUUUUUUUGUUCUCUUUUCCUCUUAUUUUAGGAAUUUCCUUUAUGGGUUUCUUUAUAUUGUCUAAAUGCAUCUGGGUUUCUUAGCGUUUGAAUUGCAAUGUUCAUUCUUCUCAUUCAUCAUUCAAAUCAUCAAAUUUAUUCUUUGCACUGUGUGUGUGUUUGGAUGGAGGGAAAUGAAGAUCAAGGAAACAGAGGGAAGGGAAUAAAUCUUUCCACCAUCGGAAAGAUUGGAAGGAAAACACUUCCCUUUCCUUCCCUUCUCUUAACUCUCCUUUCUAAGAUGUUACCAAUCACACUUCUAGGUUAGGUUAAACUAACAUUAAUUUUGCAAGAGAUUGUGUUUUGAAAGUUGAUUGGCUCGGAACAGCUUAAAGAUGGGAAGGGCUAGGAUCACGAUUCGAAGACUAGAAAGUUGGCAAAAUCGUCAAAUAACGUAUUCAAAACGGCGUCCCGGACUCCUAAAAAAAGCAAAGGAGUUGUCCAUUUUAUGCGACAUUGACAUUGCUCUGGUCAUGAUCUCUCCCUCUGGGAUAUUAUCAUCAUUUCAUGGAGAGCGUAGCAACCUUGAACAAGUCAUCACCAAGUAUGCGCAAGUGAGACAGGUAGAAAGGACACACAGGAAGUUGGAAACUCUUGAAGCCUUGAAGAAAAGAUUAAAGGAAAUUGACCAUGAUGUAAAUAUAGACGAGUUUAUGGGUUCAAGUAGUCCUAGUCCUGAGAUUUUGGCCAGCCAAGUGGACUUAUUGCAAGCAAAAAUUGCAGCAGCAGAAAACAGUCUGAGUUUGUGGAGAACCCUUGAUCAGAUAAACAAUGUGGAGCAACUACAAGAGAUGGAAAGUUCUUUAUGUGAAUCACUUAACCAAAUUCGUCUACUUAAGGGAAAUUUGGAACAUGAACGCCUUAUGUCUCCAGACAUCAGUAGCCAGUUUCAAGAUGGAAUGAAUAUGCCUUUGAUGACGAGUAAUUUGCAAGAAAGUCAGCCCUUAUUGUGGAAUCCAAGCAUCGGAAUUCAACAGAUGAUGUUGCAUGACGACUUAAACUUGUUACCUCACAGAGAUAUGACGUGCAAUCUCAACGCUUCUCUUCAUGGGCCUUCCAACUACUAUGGAGAUGCGAUAGCAGGGAUGGAUAACGCGGGUCAAUAUGACAACACAAGACCAGAGUGUAGUAGCUUAAAUGAGCAGACUGCAAAUGCAUGCAUGGGAGUUCCAAGUGGUGAUACUUAUACAUAUUCUCCAUACACAAAUACAAGUAUUCUUGAGGAGCAGAAAAUGAUGGAAGAUAACAGGGUUAAUUUGCAAGACGAUCAGAUGGAUUAUCAAAUUGCUGCCCAAUUUGAUAUGCCCACGUCUAUCUAUGAUACAAGUAUUACGAUGGCAGAUAACAGGGGUAAUUUUCAAGGCAAUCAGAUGGAUUACCAAAUUGCUGGUCAAUUUGAUACGCCUACGUCUAUUGGUACAAGACACCGACCACAGGUUCCACAGCCUAACUCACCAGGUUUUCCUCUACAAUAGCCAAGAAGGACUUAGGAUGCAGUAUAACAAGGUAAAAAAAACAUGGAGAUUUUUAACAGAACCAUGUUGAAUAACAAUUUUUUCUUUGCUGACUCCUAACUAGUUAUCAGAUAAGCGAUGAAUGCCGAUUGUGCGUGACAGAUUUUGCUAUACAAGAGUAUAAGAGCUCGAUUAAUCAAUCUUAUGUUCUGAACUUAUACAGUUUGGUGGAUAAGUAGACGAUAGAGUAUAGCCCGGGAUAAGAUGCAGUAUAAUACAUAUAGAACAUUUUAGAAGAAUUUAUCAAUUGUGAAUAGAUUUAUUUUCUUUUUGUUCCAUCUUCUGGUUUCCUAGUCGAUUAUUUAUUUUGUUUUAUUGAAUUUGCUACAUUUAUCAUAAAAUAUCUCACAUUGAAGAUUCAAGUGUAUUAAAUUCAAGGGGACAGUAUCUGACAAAAUUUUGCUGAGGUUUUUAGUGAUUGGUAUACUGUA